GACUUUUUUUAUUCUCUUUUCCUAAGACGGACUUGUGCAAUUUCUGCUAAUACACCUAGAAACGUCCAUCGAGUAAAAAAAAAGGAAGGUUGGUAGUGGGGUGGAAUGGCGACGGAGUUACGAUGCCAGAGGAUUGGGUGUAAUGCUACUUUCACCCAAGAUAAUAAUCCCGAUGACUCUUGUACUUUUCAUGAAUCGGGACCUUUGUUUCACGAUGGUAUGAAAGAGUGGAGCUGCUGCAAGAGAAAGAGUCACGAUUUCAGCUUAUUCUUGGAGAUUCCAGGUUGCAAGACAGGAAAACACACAACUGAAAAGCCAGUCAUAGCUAAGGCUACUCCUGCUCCAAAGCCAUCAGUCAACACAGCAAUUCCGACAACUAAUAUGUCAGCUAAAGAAGCUUGCCCAAGGUGCCGUCAAGGAUUCUUUUGCUCUGACCAUGGCUCACAAGUGAAAGAUACGAUUCCAAAUUCCUCAUGUCAAGUUCAAUCUACUUUGGAGGAAGGUCCUUCAGGUUUGAAGGAAAGUGUGAAAACUCCAGCAAAGAAAAUUGUUGAUAUAAACCAGCCUCAGAUCUGCAAGAACAAGGGGUGUGGUCAAACUUUCAAAGAAAUCGAUAAUCAUGAGACUGCUUGUAAUUACCAUCCCGGACCUGCUGUCUUCCAUGACCGAUUGAGAGGGUGGAAAUGCUGUGAUAUUCACGUGAAGGAAUUUGAUGAGUUCAUGGCCAUACCACCAUGUACAAAGGGAUGGCACAAUGCAGAUGCAGCAGCAUAAGAAGCACAAGUAUGAAUUUAGGUAAUUAGUUUACUAUUAAAACUGGCAGUGCUGUUGUAGAAUCAAUCACUUCUUUCAUCAGUAUCAAGGUGCACCUUUCUUCUCAAGUUCAAACUUAUAUAAUGAUAAAUUGUCAAGAGCCAAAAUUUGGAUCUCAUGUAAGGAUUUUGGCGUAAUCUGGUUUUAUGUACCUUUUUUUCUAUCCA